AUGAGCGAGGAGAGUGACAGUGAGACUGUGCACCGUAGGAGUAGAAAGAGGAAGAGAUCGGCUUAUUGGGUUGACUCCAACGACAGCAGCGACAGUAGUGACAGCCCGUUUCAACCAGACAGGAAACGCAGAAAGCGUAUACAUAAUGAUUCCUGGAGCCGCAGCAGUGUUACCGAUUGCCCCUCGGACGCACCUCCUGCAGGAGUACGGCAGGUUUUGCGUAACAAUAGCAGCGGUUACGAAUCAGAGACAGAGGAUCAUGAUCCUGAGUAUUUUACUGCUGGGCAAGUAGAAGACUGCUCUGAACACCAAUCAGAUGUCAAUUCUAGCGCGGAGGGAGGUGAAAAUCCUGAUUAUGAGAGUUCGGAGGAAGGAUCAAGGUCAGAGGAAGUUCAUAUUUCACGUUGUCAGUCGGGUGGUGCUUCCACAACUGAGGAGACAGAAGGAAGUUCAGUGGAAUUAGACGCUUCUUCUGGUCAGCCUGAUGAUGCAUCCAUAACCGAGGAGACUGGAGAAGGAGCAGGGAGAGUAAAUACUCCCUCUCAUCAGUCCGGUGCAACUUCGACAACUGAGGAUGUAGGAGGAAGUUCAGAGGAAUCAGACGCUUCCUCUCGUCAGCUCAGUAGUGCAUCCAUACCUGAGCAGAGAGAAGGAAGUUCAGAGGACACGAAUAUUUCGUCUGAUCAGGCUAGUUCUCCUUCCACAACUGAGGAGAGAGAAGGAAGUUCGGGGGAAAAUUUUCUUUCUCGUCAUGAGCCCGGUGCUGCUUCCACAAGUGAACAAAGAGAAGGAAGCUCAGAAGUAGUUAGUUUUUCCCCUCAUCAGCCCGGUGCUACUUCCACAACAGGGGAGAGAGAAGGAAGAUCAGAAGAAGUUGCCUUUCCCCCUCAUCAGCCCGGUGCUACUUCCACAACAAGGGAGAGGGAAGGAAGAUCAGAAGAAGUUGCCUUUCCCCCUUAUCAGCCCGGUGCUACUUCCACAACAAGGGAGAGGGAAGAAAGAUCAGAAGAAGGUGCCUUUCCCCCUCAUCAGCCCAGCGCUACUUCCACAACAGGGGAGAGGGAAGAAAGAUCAGAAGAAGUUCCCUCUCCCCCUCAUCAGCCCAGUGCUACUUCCACAACAGGGGAGAGGGAAGAAAGAUCAGAAGAAGUUCCCUCUCCCCCUCAUCAGCCCAGUGCUACUUCCACAACAGGGGAGAGGGAAGAAAGAUCAGAAGAAGUUUACUUUCCUCCUCAUCAGCCCGGUGCUACUUCCACAACAGGGGCGAGGGAAGGAAGAUCAGAAGAAGUUGCCUUUCCCCCUCAUCAGCCCGGUGCUACUUCCACAACAAGGGAGAGGGAAGGAAGAUCAGAAGAAGUUGCCUUUCCCCCUUAUCAGCCCGGUGCUACUUCCACAACAAGGGAGAGGGAAGAAAGAUCAGAAGAAGGUGCCUUUCCCCCUCAUCAGCCCAGCGCUACUUCCACAACAGGGGAGAGGGAAGAAAGAUCAGAAGAAGUUCCCUCUCCCCCUCAUCAGCCCAGUGCUACUUCCACAACAGGGGAGAGGGAAGAAAGAUCAGAAGAAGUUUACUUUCCUCCUCAUCAGCCCGGUGCUACUUCCACAACAGGGGCGAGGGAAGGAAGAUCAGAAGAAGUUGCCUUUCCCCCUCAUCAGCCCGGUGCUACUUCCACAACAAGGGAGAGGGAAGGAAGAUCAGAAGAAGUUGCCUUUCCCCCUUAUCAGCCCGGUGCUACUUCCACAACAAGGGAGAGGGAAGAAAGAUCAGAAGAAGGUGCCUUUCCCCCUCAUCAGCCCAGCGCUACUUCCACAACAGGGGAGAGGGAAGAAAGAUCAGAAGAAGUUCCCUCUCCCCCUCAUCAGCCCAGUGCUACUUCCACAACAGGGGAGAGGGAAGAAAGAUCAGAAGAAGUUUACUUUCCUCCUCAUCAGCCCGGUGCUACUUCCACAACAGGGGCGAGGGAAGGAAGAUCAGAAGAAGUUGCCUUUCCCCCUCAUCAGCCCGGUGCUACUUCCACAACAGGGGAGAGGGAAGGAAGAUCAGAAGAAGUUGCCUUUCCCCCUCAACAGUCCGGUGCUACUUCCACAAGAGUGGAGAGAGAGGGAAGAUCACAAGAAGUUUACUUUCCCCCUCAUCAGUCCGGUGCUACUUCCACAACAGGGGAGAGAGAAGGAAGAUCAGAAGACGUUUACUUUCCUCCUCAUCAGCCUGAUGCUACUUCCACAACAGGGGAGAGAGAAGGAAGAUCAGAAGAAGUUUACUUUCCCCCUCAUCAGUCCGGUGCUAGUUCCACAAGAGUGGAGAGAGAAGGAAGAUCAGAAGAAAUUGCCUUUCCCCCUCAUCAACUCGGUGCUACUUCCACAAGAGUGGAGAGAGAAGGAAGAUCAGAAGACGUUUACUUUCCUCCUCAUCAGCCUGAUGCUACUUCCACAACAGGGGAGAGAGAAGGAAGAUCAGAAGAAGUUUACUUUCCCCCUCAUCAGUCCGGUGCUAGUUCCACAAGAGUGGAGAGAGAAGGAAGAUCAGAAGAAGUUUACUUUCCCCCUCAUCAACUCGGUGCUACUUCCACAAGAGUGGAGAGAGAAGGAAGAUCAGAAGAAGUUUACUUUCCUCCUCAUCAGCCCGGUGCUACUUCCACAACAGGAGAGAGAGAAGGAAGAUCAAGACCAGCUUCUGUUGUCCUUCAUGCACCCGGUUCUGCUUCCACAAGAACGGAAAGACUAGGAAGAACAAGAGAAGUUCAUUCUUCCCCUCAUCAGCCACGUGCUGGUUCCACACGUGAGGAGAGAUUGAGAAGAUCAAGACCAGCUCCUAUUACCCCUCGUAGGCACGGUUCUGCUUCCAGAAGAACGGAAAGACUAAGAAGAUCAAGAGUUGUUCGUUUUUCCCCUCUUCAGUCACGUGCUGUUUCCACACGUGAGGAGAGAUUGAGAAGAUCAAGACCAGCUUCUGUUGUCCUUCAUGCGCCUGGUUCUGCUUCCACAAGUGCAGAAAGAGAAGGAAGGUCAAGAGAAGCUCGUAUUCCCCCUCAUCAGGGCGGCGUCGCAUCCACAAGUGGGGAGAGGGGAGUCAGAUCAAGAGGAGGUUAUAUUUCCCCUAGUCAGCCUGGUACUUUUUCCACAUCUGAGGGUGGCGGAACAGCAACGCCACCAAAAUCCUACUCAAAAAUUCUCCCCGUCGGUUGCUAUUCCGACAGCAGUAGCGAUGGUAACUCAGAAAAGUGUCCCAUUUGUUUGGUCACUUUUUCAGAGCAAGAAAUUGGGACACCAGGCACUUGUGACCACAUAUUCUGUUUCGGCUGUCUCAAAGAAUGGUCAACGCGUAUGAAUACUUGUCCAGUUGAUCGAAAGGUAUUUGACGACAUAAUUGUUAGAGGCUACCCGGACGGAAAGUAUAUCAAAAGAAUCCCUGUGACACCGAUACCGCGAGAAAUCGAAAAUUUCGGGCCCGUUGUGCGGAACUUGCAAUUUUGUGAACUGUGUGGCGAGUUUGACCACGAGGACCGCAUGAUUAGUUGUAGUAUAUGUCACCUUAUCUGCCACCUGGAAUGUCUGAUUACUUUCCUGGCAGAUAGGUACUCGGGGGACUGGUUGUGCCCUCUUUGUAAUUCUACAAGCUGA